CCAUCCUCCAAGCUCGUUCGCCCCCUCCGCCAUUGCCGUUCUCGAGCUCGUUCGCCGCCGUUCUCGAGCUCUUUCGCCGACUCCGCCGACGUCGUUCUCGAGCUCGAACGCCCGCUCCGCCAGCGCCGUCGUCGUUCUCGAGCCCGUUCGCCGAGCGCCAUCUCCUCCGCCGCCUCUUGCGCACCCAGGAAAUGCCCCGCUCACUGCUGUUCAACUUCUUUGGGUCAAUAUGAUUAUGGACACUCUGGGAGCACUUGUUCUGGCCACUGAACCACCAAACAAUGACUUAAUGAAGCGAAUGCCGGUUGGGAGGAAAGGGAAUUUUAUAAGUAAUGUGAUGUGGAGGAAUAUCUUUGGACAGUCAUUAUAUCAGUUUUUAGUUAUGUGGUAUCUCCAGACUCAAGGGAAAAGUAUAUUUGGGCUUGAGGAGCCUAGUGCUGAUCUUACACGGAAUACGCUUAUAUUCAAUACAUUCGUCUUCUGUCAGGUCUUCAAUGAAUUUAGCUCUAGAGACAUGGAGAAGAUAGAUGUUUUUAAAGGCAUAUUGCAGAAUUAUGUGUUUGUGGGUGUUCUUUCUUGCACUGUCAUCUUUCAGAUAAUAAUUGUCCAGUUCCUUGGUGAAUUCGCAAGCACUACGCCAUUGACAUUGUUACUGUGGUUCAUCAGUGUGUUUAUUGGCUUUCUUGGCAUGCCUAUUGCUGCUGUUGUGAAGAUGAUUACCGUUGGAUCUAAUUGAAGAAGAUUUAACGUAGGAGAGUAGAACCGAUAUUUAUGAGAUAGAUAUCGAGCAUUCAGUUCUCUACUUCAGUUUACUUUUCUGCUGUCAUGAGUCAAAGCAUGCGCAGCAAUUGUUCACUGAAUAUGGUUGUAUUUAUGUAUUUUCCUUUGAUUAUUUUCCAUCUGUAUUGGCUUGAUUGGUUUUGUAAUGUAGAAGUUAUAUGCCGGUAGAUUAUAUUUGUAAUAAUUAAGAUUUAAGUUAACGACUGAGACUUUAUUUGUAAUAAUUGAGACUUUAUCUGAUGGAAUUUGAAGAA